AUGGCCCAAAUCAGUAUCAAACCCUCCGAGCCAAAUGUUUGUGCUCUCCUCAACAAAAUUCCUAGAGAGAAUCGCGAUGAAAUCUGGCGACUCAUCUUUGUGAGACCGGUUGCGAUCGUCCCAAGGAUUCGCAAACGAGAGUACCUAUUUGCAACAGGGAGCGAAGCCGAAGGUCACAAGCAUUGUAGGUAUCAACGAAAAUACAGUUACAGCUGGGUCCAGGCGCAGGCGCCAGCUCCAGAGACCUAUUUUGGUGGUAACACCAUCAGUCGAGAGAUCGCAUGGACUACGAACCCUACCCGCGAGCAGCUCAAACUUAUUCAAAGUGGAGGCGAAGAAUUCACGAUCAAUGAUUCCCCGGAGUCUGGUCAACAGAUUAAGUGCGCUGUGCAUCAUCGAGAUGGAUAUGGUCCUCAAGUCAUAAACAAGGCCGGUUUUGAAUUACACCCGUUUGGCCGUUGUGUCAGUAUUAUGCGAGUGUGCAAACAGAUCGAGCAAGAGUGCACUGUAAUCCUUUACAGGGAGAACAAAUAUGAGUUUGAUAUAGCGGACUGUCAUAGGAUGCACCAGCUAAAGACCCCAUGGAAUGUCCCCGGAUUUCCUCUAUUUGAGGAAUCACCCAGUAAGGCCACGAUUAGUCUCGCUGUUGAGAAACUUUUCGACUUGGAAUGCUAUCAGCCAGCGUUCAUUGCAAAAGAUCCGUUCGUUCGUUUUAUGGCGUACAUUGGACGCAAGAAUGCUUCAAUAUUGAGAGAUAUUAGGUUUGACGGAGUAUUCACACUUACUCUUGGGACACGUGGCGAAAGAAACUCGGCGCUCGGGUUUGGAGCAAUUCUGCCUAUGUAUACGCUCAUCAUAGCGGAGGUGUGUCCCAAAAUACGCAAGCUCACCUUGCAUCAGUGCCCUUUCUUCUUUGACUCCCCCAACAGAAGUGCCGAAAAGGAGAAAGAGGUGGGGUAUGACUACGGUAUGAUGUAUAAUAUUGUAGGUGAAGUGGUUCUCGGUCUACCAAAUCUCCAGCAACUUCAACUGGGCGCUUACUACCAACCUCCAAAUGCUGGUCCAUCUGAGUGGUUUGUAGAUCAUACAUACGGGUGGGGAAAGUCGAUCCAAUGGAUGAAGUUUGUCGACGAGCGAUGUUCCAACCAGCUAUAUACAUCAUGUCUUACAAUACCAAGCAGUUUGACGAAUAAUAAUGUCGGGCAAGCUCAUGUUCCAAUCCGGCGUGGUAAUUAUAGUCGCUACAAAGAUUCGCUAGAACACGAACGUCCAGGUAGUUACGGUACCAGCACUUGCACCUGGACUGUCACCCUUUGCCCAUCUCAAGCAAAUCCAGGCUCUACUGGAAAUUCGCCAAGGGAUCAUGAUCAUCGAAAAGAUCAAUAUGGAUUACUGCCAGAGAAGUCUGAACAUGUUUGGAAAUGUUCGGAUGCACAUGGUGGUAUAAGGCGUGAUCGCGGGCGAAUCUUGAACAUCUCGACAAAGGUAGAUCGGGUAAGUGCACCCCGUACCUGGGUCCCUGGUCAACGCGUGAAGAUAUGGUGGCACUAA